AUGGACACAGUCACUCACAAGACUUUCUUCGACAUCGAAAUCGAUGGUUAACCAGCAGGCAGACUUGUAUUCGGACUAUUCGGCAACUCAGUUCCAAAGACUACAGAGAACUUCAGAGCACUCUGCACUGGAGAGAAAGGAUCAGGAAAUUCAGGCAAACCCCUUCACUAUAAAGGCUCUAUCUUCCACAGAAUUAUCCCAGGCUUCAUGGCCCAAGGUGGUGACUUCACUUCAGGUGACGGAAGAGGUGGCGAAUCAAUCUACGGUGCUAGAUUCGAUGAUGAGAACUUCAAGCUUAGACAUUCAAGAGCUGGACUCCUUUCAAUGGCAAAUGCUGGACCAAACACCAAUGGCUCUCAAUUCUUCCUAACUUUCAAAGAAACCCCAUGGCUCGAUGGAAGACAUACCGUCUUUGGAGAACUCCUUGAAGGUAAGGAACUUAUGAGAGAACUUGAAAAGAUCGGAACUCACUCUGGUACUCCCAAGAAGAAGGUAGUUGUUGUUGAAUCAGGUGAACUCUGA